AUGUCGUAUAGUCAGAGAAGGAAGGCUGAAAAAAGUGACAAAGAGGAUGUAAUCAGUGGCCUGCCAAGAAACAUAAUAGACUCAAUCCUAGACGGAAUGCCGGUUAGAGAUGCAGCAAGGACUAGUAUCUUGUCAACAAAGUGGAGGUAUACUUGGAAGUCCCAUACAAAUUUAGUGCUUGAUAAGCAAUUCUAUGACGACAAAUUUAAAACCAGUAACAUGUUAGCCGCGACUAGAAGAAGCUAUAAAUUCGUAUGCUUGAUUAAUGAAAUUCUCCAACUUCGCCGUGGUCCCAUUCUUAAAUUUAGCCUCUACAUUCCAAUCUUACAUUAUCCUAAUCAGAGAAGAUGUAUUGAUAAUUGCAUAGUUUUGUUGUCAUGGAAUGGUAUCAAACAACUCACCCUUGAGAAUGAAGAUGAUGUGCCCUAUGAACUGCCGCCUCAUUUGUUUUCUUGUUUGAAAUUGACUCAUUUGAGGCUAUGUUACUGUGUCUUCAAGUCACCACGACCCACCGUAGUUUUUGGCCAUCUAAUUAGCCUUUAUCUAAACAGAAUCAUAUUUUCUGAUAAUCGUCCCUUUGGAAAGGUUGUAGUUAGUGCCCCACUGCUCCAGUUUUUGGCCUUGGAGACAUGCAAUGGUAUUGGCAAUGUUAAUAUGCAAACUCCAAAACUCGAAGUUUUGCAUGUGUUAGACAGCCUGGAAGUUGAAUCAAUAUGCUUGAAGAGAAUUCCAAACCUGACAGUGAUCCGUAUAGAACUGUGCAAAGAAUUAGAAAGUCGAUUGGGGUUGGGAAGCAUUGAUAUGACCAACAUUUUUGGCGAUUUGCCUAAAAUUCAGAAGCUUACUUUCGAUGCAUUUUUCGUGAAGUUUUUGGCAGCAGGUAUGGUACUAAGGAGGUUUCCAAUUAUGUUUAACCAGCUGAAGCAUAUUCAGUUACAUAAUUUGGGAUUUAAUGACGUGGAUCAGAUUUCAUGCCUUCUUUGCUUCAUUAGAAGUUCCCCAAAUUUGCAGAUACUUGAAAUUUUAAGGGGUGUUGCAGUUACUGUUAAAACCGAUGAUCUGGGUCUAGUUUUUGAUUAUCUGACAGCACCAGACUGCAUGGACAAGACAUUGGAUCAACUUCGAACUGUAAGAAUAGGUCUUAGUAAGAAUUUGAGUGGUGAAUUGCUCUUUAUAAAGCUUCUACUUGCCCGUUCGCCUUCGCUUGAAAAAAUGAUAAUUGAGGUUACUGGAAAAUUAGAUGCUAAUGAUAAGUUUAAGAUUACAAGAGAAUUGAUGUGUUUCUCUCGAGCAUCAUCAAGAGCAGAAAUGAUGUGGGUGGACUGA